UCAGCUGAUCCCGCUGGCUGUUGUUGAUGCCCGAAGUUGCUGUUGUUUGGACACUGUGUUGCUCUUAUCUGCUCCUGACAUUGAAGACACAUUAAACCCGAGUAAGGGACACGGUGGACAUUUACCGGCCGAGGAGCUUCCGAGUUACAAGCGAAGCGUCUCUCAGAGGACUUUGAAUUUGCGCACUAGCGGCAGAAGAGCUAACAGCUCCAAAGCUUGAACCUUCGCUGAAAGGAAGAAAGAAAAACAGCAAAGACAGCCGACGGCUUGGCGUGCUUUCUUUGUUUAUGUCGUGCCAGUGUGAACCGCAGUAUUCAUUUUCUUUGUCUUGAAUUUAGAAUUUUUUUCUGCACAUACGUUAUUUAUAUUUAUACUUUAUUACCAUAGCGCAGAGGGCACCUAGCUCGUCAGCUAACGUUAGCCCAUAGCGCAAAGAAACAGUCUUGUUGUCAAGCUUUGAUGCUUUCGUAACCGCCCGGCAGUGACACAUAGCUAACAGUCGCAACUGUCCGCUUUGGAGACAUUAUUUUGGUGCCUCUAAUUUUUUUUUAGGUGUUUGUCACUGGACCAGGUUUUGUGUUGGUUCGUUGGAGACACACGACAGCACUGUAACCGAACAAGUGGAUGUUAAUUUGAAGCCUGAAGGAGACGUGUGUGGCUGUUAGACACGUCUGACUUAUUGCUUGUUUAUCCUUCAGUUUGAAUCGAGUCAUUUUUUUUAUCUAUAUCGAUUUUAAACCACACAAACAAGUAAUAGAUUAACAGACAGCUGGCCUUGUACGUUUUAGUUUGGCUGGCAGGUUGCGUAACGUUAAUAUUGUGUGUGUGCAAGCUGUCAGUCUCUGCUGGGUAACUUGUUAAGCUGUAAUUUAAAACAUAUGUUUCCCUGCAAGCCUUAGGUGUUCAGCCUCAGGUGGCUCUGUGGAUGUCAUUUUGAAUAUUUAACACAUUUUUUAUUACAUAUGACGUGUGAGAGUGGCCACCUUUCAUUGUAACCCAUAGAUUAAGCAGCUGUUUGAUGCUCACACUCAUGAAUUUGGUGUCUUUAGUGAAAUAAGUAGAUAGAGUUAUGAAUUAAAGUAGCUGUCUGAAGACAUUGUAAGGCUGUGCUGUGAUCAGGGAAAGACAGGCGAAGAGAAAGGGUCCCUCAGAGGGUCCCAUUGUGUCUUGAGGUGAGCUGCCCCCCACUACUUGCCAAUGCUGGAUCUGGAGGUGGUGCCUGAGAGAUCACUAGGAAAUGAGCAAUGGGAAUUCGCCUUAGGGAUGCCAUUGGCCCAGGCCAUCUCUAUUCUACAGAAACACUGCCGCAUCAUCAAAAAUGUCCAGGUGCUAUACAGUGAACAGACGCCACUCAGCCAUGACCUCAUACUGAACUUGACUCAGGAUGGGAUUAAACUGCUGUUUGAUGCCACAAAUCAGAGACUCAAGGUGAUCGAAGUGUAUGACCUGAGCAAAGUCAAGUUGAAAUACUGUGGAGUCCAUUUCAACUCUCAGGCCAUUGCCCCCACAAUAGAGCAAAUAGACCAGUCAUUUGGAGCUACGCACCCUGGAGUUUACAAUGCUGCAGAGCAGUUGUUCCAUCUCAAUUUUCGAGGCCUGUCCUUCUCCUUCCAACUGGACUCAUGGAAUGAAGCUCCGAAAUACGAGCCUAACUUUGCCAUGGGUUUGGCCUCCCUGCAGAUUCCACAUGGGGCCAUGGUCAAGAGGAUGCACAUCUACACUGGCAACAACCUGCAAGAAACAAGAGCUCCGGCGAUGCCGCUGGCUUGUUUCCUUGGUAACAUCUUUGCAGAGUGUGUGGAUGUCCUGAGAGAUCAGGCCGGGCCUCUGGGGCUCAAACUCCGCCUUCUCACUGCAGGAUGUGGUCCAGGUGUGAUGGCUGAUGCUAAAGUCAAGUCCCUAGAAAGGAGCAUCUACUUUGGAGAUUCCUGUCAGGAUGUAUUGGGUGCUCUGGGCUCGCCACAUAAAAUCUUUUACAAGUCUGAGGACAAGAUGAAGAUCCACUCUCCAUCACCUCACAAGCAGGUUCCUUCGAAAUGUAACGACUACUUCUUCAACUACUUCACCCUCGGAGUGGAUAUCCUGUUCGACUCUACAACUCACCUGGUUAAGAAGUUUGUCCUCCAUACCAACUACCCCGGACAUUACAACUUCAAUAUAUAUCAUCGAUGCGACUUUAAAAUUCCACUAGUCAUAAAGAAAGAAGGAGCUGAGUCUCAGACAGAGGACUGCAUCUUAACCACAUACAGCAAGUGGGAUCAGAUUCAGGAACUGCUCGGUCACCCGAUGGAAAAACCUGUUGUCCUCCACAGGUCCUCAUCAGCCAAUAACACCAACCCCUUCGGCUCUACCUUCUGCUUUGGACUGCAGAGGAUGAUCUUUGAGGUGAUGCAGAAUAACCACAUAGCAUCAGUGACCCUGUAUGGUGCUCCACGGACCGCUAGUCAAGCCCGACCUGAGUCCAGUAGUAGUUCCCACUGAACAAGUAACCAGAACCACAUCUCGUCCUUAAUCGAGUACCUCUGCUGACUGAAUCUCUAACCCAGAGCCAGAUUCUUAACCAAGCAGAUGUAACCCAGAACAACAUCAUCAUUCAUACCCAGCUCAGAUGCUACUCAUUGAACAGAAACGCAACCAGAACCCAGAAUAAUCAAGUCUAACCUGGCAUUUAUCAACAUUUCCCGGUGGGUCCUAAGACUUACUCUUCCACUUGGACAAACCCAGUUGGCACAGUCAACCCAACCCGGAUUAUCCCAGGACCCAGGAUCAAGUGACAUGGUCGCAGUGCUGGACCACUGAUGCUUUGAAAUGAAUGAAUGGAAUGAUGUCUGUUGUGGGGGUACAACGCACUGGUGCUGCAAACUGACACGGUGAAGAAAUCUGCGCCAAAGUAGAGCUCAGUUGUUUCCAUCCAUUUUUCCCAGCACCAUAGAAGAAGUGUUUGUCCAGACUGUAGUUUGGAUGGCAUGGCUCCGCCUGCCUAUACAUGACAAUAACCUUCAUAACAUUGUGGUGAGAUAAUCAGCAUUUAAUUAUCAUCUGCAACAAAUCUCAAUGAAAACUGCUGCGGCCAAAGUCUUGAAACAAACUACUUGCCUGACCCACUGUAUACUCGUCAACCAACCACACUGCCAGCCCAACCGGUACCGCCUGUCUUCCUGCCAUGACUUUGGAACCAGGCCCGACUGGCUCCAUCAAAACCUGGACACAUAAACCACAAGUACCAAACCCACCCAGCCCAACCAAGAGCCAUCAGAGCCAAACACAUCGGAAGCUGCAGAGGACUGAAACCAAAAACAGGAAAAAAAUAAUAUGAGAAUCCAGAUUUUGGCGUACAAGAGAAGAACCAAACACACAGGGUUUGGAGAGACGCGUGGCCCAGAACACACCCACAGCAGCCGGGUGACCAGAUGUGAAGCCUCUCGAAGCGGAACGAUCCAAACAUCAUCAUCUCCCUCAUCCACCUUUCUACCCACUUUCUCUUUCUCCAACCUUUUUCAGUGGUGCCCACAAAUACACACACUCAAGCACACAGCAGUAAACACUAUUGACCCACAGCUGUUGUUAUUUGCAGCUCUGAACGUUGGCGUGUUUGUCUCCUUGCUUAUACACACACUAACACACACACACACACACACACACACACACACACACACACAUAAAUGAGCAUCUGCAUGUGUGAGGCUGCUGUUUUUUCAAAUUAAUGUUUCUCCGCAGACUUUAAUUCAAACACACAGAACAUUUCAAUCCCUUCACUACUGUUCUCACGUGUAUUUCGAAUACAUGAAAGCUCUCUUUUUAGCCUUUGAAUCGCAACACAAACAUGGAGACAUGCAGGCAUGUGACGAGAAUUUGCAUGAACUUGGCAGACGCUUUUGAAUGAGAGGAGACUUAUUAUAAGCACAAAGGGCAACCUGUUUUAUUUCACCCUGCAUGUUGUGAGGGGCAUAGACUUGUUUUAUUUCUCUCUGCCCUGCGUCACUCGUUCACACCAUGACCAUUUUCAUUGUGUUCUGUUUUUGCAUUUGCACUAAUACACACCUUUUUACUUGACUGGUUGAUUGUGCCCUUAAUCACAGAUGGAUUUAUGGAGAAAUUUGGGAGAUUUGUGUGUGUGUGUGUGUGUGUGUGUGUGUGUGUGUGUGUGUGUGUGUGUGUGUGUGUGUGUGUGUGUGCGUGUGCGUGUGCGUGUGCGUGUGUUUUAUCCAUAGUUUCAGAUAGAGGAGAGGCCCUCCCAUGGUGCAUGCACUCUUAGAAAUUAAGGUACUAACUAGAACCAUACAGGGUUCUUUGACUUUUCCCCAUAGAAGAACCCUUUUUGAUCCCUGUUAGAACCUUUUAUUAGGAUUCCUCCUGAAAUCCUUUCAGGGGAUUCUACCUAGAACCCAACAUAAAAGGUCAAGGGUACCACGUCCAGCAUCCUUUGACUUCAUGAGGCUAAAGGGUCGGGGCUGACCUGGUCAAGCACAACACUCAUUUUUCACAAUCGUGUUUCUAUGGGGUGGAGAUUUUGUGAAAUCAGAACUACGACAGUUUACUAUUUCAGUAGGGAAGUAUUGGAAAAGAAACUCUUUUAUUGUCUUUUAAAUUUAGAAACAAACACAGAAUGCUAAAAUCAGAAAUAUGUCAAUUUAAAAUAAGGAAGUAAAAUUUUUGCAGACCAUGUGGUAUUGUAUGGUAUGGUAUGAAAUGCGGGUAAAAAUGGCAGAACACAGUACAAUGAAUUGAUUAAGGGGAUUCCAGAUACAUUACAUUUAAAAAAUACCUGGGGACCCUAGUUUACGAAACCAGACGAAACCUGGGUGAUCAUUUGUAUAUGUAAAGGGUGAGGGUCACACUCAUGCUUUUAAUUAUCAUUAAAGAACCCUUUUUCCGAAGAAAAAAAAAAAGGUUCUUUGGAUGAACAUGAUUCUAAAUGGAACCCUUAGUCUUACAAAGAAAUCUUUAAGAACCCUUUCUUCAAAAAAAAGCGGUGGGUUCUUUAAAAGUUAAUGGUUCUGGGUAGAACCUCUGCCUUUCAGGUGGAACCCUUAUUUCUAAGAGCAAAGUGUAUGCAUUCAUAUCCUCUGUGCUAUACCCUUCUCCCUUUUUCUUCUUCUCCACAUCUGAUCAAUGCAUCGCAAUUCAUCCCUCAGCAAUGUCUGCAUUUAUUUCUUUGUUGAAUUGCCAAAUGCUACAGCCAAAGAUGUUUCAGGAUGAUUUCAUUUGAUAUGCCGACAUUAUCACUGCAGUCUCUUGUCUACACCUGUCCUAUGGGGAGAGUCGUGUUUUGACCUCCUCUUUUUUCUCUUGUGUCAAACCUGCACAUCAAAGUCAUUGCCGUGGUAAUGCCUCUAAAUUCAGCUCCUGGUUUCUGUAACUGCUGGCUGUAAUUACAUAAGGCAUAAUUAGCUAACUUGUGUGUGUUCUGAAACCAAUCAGCCUGUCUUUCAUUUGGAUUUGGUUACAGCCAGAGACCUGUUAACAAUAGUAACAAAUAGUGUCGUCCCUCUUGUGAGUCUCUUGUACACUUGUUAUUGUUGUCAGUGAGCUGUAAUUUAAAGAAUUACCAUCAUUUCUCUGUGAAGUCAGUACAUUUGAACCCAUUUAGGCAAUGGGGAAGAGCAUCAGUCAUUCCAUCGUAACAUUUGUUUCCCUCUCAAUGUCUGAAUUUAAAAUCUUUUUAAUCAUAAGCAUUUGAAUAAACUGUGUAUUAAUUUUAAUACACAUAUUCUCGUUUAUUGUCCCUCAAUACAAAUGCCAUUUGGGGUUUUUUUUGUUUUGCUUUUUCACAAUUUCUGAAUUUAUGAUUGCUUGUAUGAACAUGUGUGAAGGCAUCAGGGUUGAAGUCGGGGCCCGUAUACAUGACGAAAUGUUGAAAGUGCCAAGUGGAAAAUUAAGAGUGGAAAAUGCUGUUGGCUGUUUGUACGCUGUUUGCCGAAAUACAAUAUUUUUUCAGAACAGGUAAUAUAUUUCCUAUAUCAAGUUUGUUAUGAGGUAUAUCAAGCAGCUGUACAUCCAAAACCAAUGAAAAAAAAAUCCCCUUGGCUUUUUGAUGAGGGAACGAGGGCAACGCUAACUUGCCCAUCUGCCCGCAAAAAAAAACAAAAAAAGAAGUCAUCCCUGCAGUAGCACUCAAUUGGUUGAUUGAUUUCCUUCACUGAAACCAAAUUGUAUCACGAUGUGAGUUAACUUAUGACCAGCAGAAUCCUCAAAGAAUAGCCAGCCAGCUGUCUAAGGCUGCACCCACACUAAAAUGUCAUUUUAAAACGAGAGUUGUUGUGUUUGCUAGCGUCCAUACUUUUCCAGAAUAUUUGAACCCCUUAAACAGAGACCUUUAAAAACACUGCUGACCCCUUUUUAGUUUGAAAACGCCAAUAUUGCGUUUUAGUCUGGACGGGUGAAAACAGACCUUUAAAAACAGCGUACAUACCUUUUUUGACUGUCUGUCUUGUGUGGGUACUCCUCUCCCAUUGCCAUGGCUUCCUCUGGCGCUGAAUAAUGCUCUUGGCCGGAACUGUUCUAGAAUGUUGCCGUAUUUGCUUUGUAACGAAUCCCAAUCUGUUUUCCUCCAUCUUAUACUCUUGUUACCUUUAUUCCACCUCUUUGGUGCAAGCAAAGAAAUUACUUGUCUUGCCAUCUCCGUAGAAUUUUCUGUACCUAAAGCCGUUUUCUCGUAUGAACUCCAGUCAAUGUCUGGAGAAUCAGGUUCAAAACAUUGUGCAGAGUUUCUCCUUUACAUGUAGCACUCAACAGGAGAUUGUCCAUGUCAAGAGCGUUCUCACCCACUGAAAACUGGAAACACUCUAUUUGGUUUAGGUUAGGGUUCGCACUUGGAUAGAGCGUGCAGGAGGCAGGACAUGACACAGAUUACACAGCAGUCAUGUUGCUGGUUCGUAAUGUGGUCAUAAACAGCAGAGUCUCUUGGUGUUCCUUGAAUUUCUCUCACAGUUUUGGCUUUUACUCUUACUGACAGAAGUUCUGAAUCUUUCCAUCUCUCCAGUUAGACAUUUUCGUUGCUGUGUCAUGUAAAUGAUCCUUCUUCUUCACCCUGGGAUGUUUUUCUUACGGUUUCACGUGAGCCUCAUGAAAUAGCAGCUAGCAGGGUAAAGACUGCUUAAUGUUAAAGGCAACUGAUUUGGACAUUUGUGUUCUCACAUACAGCCCCUCGGGCUAAUGUCUAGAUAAUUUAAGGUUUGAAAUGUGUGAAAGGGGCUUCAGCAACAAACCGCAGAGCAGACAAUGUGCUUUGUGUUUACACCAGUAUGCGCAUUCCCCGUGUACGUGAAUUGUAAUUUGAUAUGUGUUCUUUAGGCGUGUUGAUAGGGGUGAGAUCAACUCUUGAAUCAUGCUAAAACCAUUGUGGUACGGAGAUGAUUUUCAUUCUAAAAUGAAAAUGUUUUAGUGGAUGUGGCCUAAAGUUCUGAAUCAAUAAAAUAACUGGGAAUUAUGGGUUAACUUUUACAAUUCACCAGUAGUAGCCUUUAUAUACAGUAUCUUUUUUUUUUUUUUUUUGCACAGCAUGGCUCCAAACCGUUUUCCUGUGGUUUCUUACUGUACAAAUGGCCAUGAGAAGACCAUGUUAAAGAGAAGAACUGAAUUUCUAUGCUGUGUAAAGCCAGUCAGUCAGGCUGUGUGUAUGUAUUCGGGCCCUGAUGCUUGGAGUUGAUAUUGAUGUACAAAUGCUGUAAAUAGUUGUGUGCUCUUAUUCUGGCGUCCUCUUAUUUACAUGAUCUUAAUGGCUUGGCACAGACACAACUUUACUCAGGCACUGGCUGAGUAUCUUAAUAUUUCCUCCUUGAUUCUGAAUAAACUUAAAACUCAGGAGGAG